AUGGUUUCUUUUAUCACCUUUAGAGCUUCUGGAUUUGUUACGCGCUCUGACAUAGGGCCUGCCAUUGCGCCAGUUCAAGAUCCUUUAGAACAAGCGCUUUCGGGAGGAAUGGCGGAUCAUGAAUCUAUUGAUGCAGGUCUCCUUGCUACAGCGCAAACAUCUAUGUAUGAUGCAGAUGAUGCAGAGGCAGAUCGAAUAUACGCUGCAGUAGAUACACGCAUGCAGGAGCGACAUGCAAAGAAAAGGAAAAACAUGGAUACUCGAUCUUCAUCUCGUUCCAUUCGAGACGAGUUUGAAGAUUUGAAAAGAUCAAUUUCGACGAUUUCGGCCCAACAGUGGGCCGACAUCCCUGAAGUCGGUGAUUUGACAGCUGCUGGACGUACUCAACGGAGGCCGAAGUUGUCGACAGACGAUGAGUCGUUAUCGAUCUCCACCGCAUCAUCAUCAUCUUCUUCUUCAAGAGCCCUUGGAAUGGAAAGAUAUACACCUGCUCCAGAUUUUCUUUUGGAGCGAGCCAUCUCGUCUUCUUCCUCUGGCGAUUUGGAGGUCGAUGGGUCCUUGACCUCGCCCAACUUUUCAAUGAUAGGGGCUGUUAGAGAACGCCAGCUGGGACUCACUAUUGAUACAAUUGCAAACGGCUCCAUGUCAAAAAGCGGACAAGAGACCGAGGCGUACAUGACAGGUCUCAUGAGCAUGCAUCAACGUUCCACCACAGAGGUCAGAGAUCUAGCUAGAGCAAAACAGCUGCUGCAAUCGCUGGUAGAAAUCCAUCCAAGUUCUGUUUCUGGAUGGCUCUCAUUGAUACGCCUGAAAGAAGGUGCCGGGGAACUGGAAGGGGCUCGGGUUGAGGCAAAGCGGGCAUUGGCCGCAAGCUUUCGCUCUGAAGAACUGUGGGCCGAGGCAGCACGACUGGCACCCACCGCUGAAGCGAGGCUUGAUGUGCUUGGAGAGGGCCUCAAAGCUAUUCCGCACUCUUCUCGACUUUGGCUACGUAUUUCUGAAGCUGCAGCACAAAUUGCCGCUACACCGCUGGAUGCCAAAAAUGUCCGACUUCGGAGACUCAAAGAGGCUCUUCAGCUUAUUCCUGAUUCGCUCGAAUUGUGGCGAGCCACAAUUGAAGCAUCCAGAGCUCUUGAUUCAGUCUCAGCAGGAGCAGAAUUUAUUUCAUCCGAGACCCUGCGGCUGCUUGAAGGUGCCACUGAGGCACUACCUACGAUCCCUGAGUUUUGGAUUGGACUUGCAGAAUUACAAGAUACACAGGACGCUGCUAGGAUCGUCCUCAACAAGGCCAGGGCUGCCUCGCCUCUCUCACAUGAAAUAUGGAUAGCUUCCGCAUGUAUUGAAGAAGUAAAGUACGGAAACGUAGCUAUUGUGUCAACUUUACUAGGCCGUAUGCUCUCUUCGUUACAUGGGCGUGGGCAUGUGCUCUCUCUAGAACGUUGGCUUCAAACAGCAAUUGAAUGUGAACUUUCAGGAGCCAGUGUAACAGCGAUGGCAGUGAUCGAACUCACAUGGGGCCCCGAAAAAGGUGUGGAAGAAGAAAUUCUAGAGCAGGUCGAGCGCGUCUCCUCUCAGGGGCAUGUAGCCACAGGGCGAGCCCUGUUAGAAACUCUCCUCUGCUGCCCAGAGCGCCAAGAAGAUGAAAAUAUUUGGCUUGCUGCUGUUCGUUGGGAAAAGCGCUACUUUCCAAAUUCAAAAAGCAAUAUUAUCACCAGCUUUCCACCAGAAAAUCUCGAAAAUCCAGGGCUUAUUUCUGAGGAUAAAGUCCAUGAUGCAAAGAUUACCAAUUUUUCUUCAAACUCGAUGCUCAUGAGAGCUAUUAUUGCAGUUCCAUCCUCUGAACGUUUCUGGCUGAUGGCAGCCAAAGAUAUGUGGAAGACGGGUGCCAUAGAUAAUGCUCGAUCUUUACUGCGGAGGGGAGCCACAUUCUGCGUAGAAAGUGAAGAGCUUUGGAUUGCUGCAGCAAAAAUUGAGCGAUGGGAGGGUGAAAUAGAGACAGCUCGAGAAAUUCUUCGUAAGGGCCGCGAAGCAUUGCCUACCUCUUCUCGCCUUUGUAUUAAAAGUGCUCAACUUGAACGAGCCACAGGUGACUUAUCUCGGGCCUCCCUGCUGCUUGUAGAGGCUACAGAAUCCAAAACCAUAGAAAGAGAACCUAGGCUCUGGCUGAUGCUGGCUGAGACACUUGAAUUAGAAGCAGAAACAUUUAAAAUUGAGCGAGAAAAACUUCUGUUGAAAGCUAGAAGAGUAAUGAUUGAAGGUGUUCGCCUUUUCCCCUCUUCUGCGGCUUUGUGGAUAGCUUCUGGAGCCUUUGAAGAGCGGCAGGGGGCAUCUUUAAAAGCUCGUGCUAUCUAUGAACAUGGACGGAUUGCUCUUCCUCGUUCUGAUAUUCUUUGGGCAGCUUCAAUUCGGUUAGAGGAGUCUUUGGGAAACAAAACUCUAGCCAAAGCUCUUCUCGCUAAGAGUCUUCAAGCAACGCCUACCAGCGGUUUGCUUUGGAGUGAGGCCAUCCGCCUAGAACCUCCAGCUGCGCGCAAGGCUCGUGCGGCAGAUGCUCUUCGACGAUGCCCAGAAGAUGCGUUGGUCGCUCUUGCUUUGGCCCGCGUUUUUUGGGAAGAAAACCUCGCCUCCGAAAAGACGCAAACUUGGAUUGAGCGGGCAGUAGCACUGAACCCAAUGUUGGGUGAUGCUCAUGCAUACGCAGCGCUUUAUGAGCGAAAUUUGAUAUCUCUUAGCGCCCCAUCAGAUUCAAAUACCAUGGAGAAUUCAACCCCCGGUGCCGCGCUGCAGAGAUGUUGUGAGGCCGAACCCAAAUAUGGCGAGCUGUGGAUCAGUAUCUCCAAAAGUCCACGUAUAAAUGGGGGUCUUAAGCCACUUUCAACACUGCAGAUCUUGGAACUUGCGAUUGAAAAGCUUAAUCGACAGCUAAAUUUACCAGCUCUGACAAGCUGA